AUGGGAGAUAUUUGGACAUGGCUUAUUUCCUUCUUCUUCCUCAUCGCUCUUGUCGGAAUCAUCGUCUAUCAGCUUGUUUGCUUAGCGGAUCUUGAGUUUGAUUACAUCAACCCUUACGACUCUGCAUCGAGGAUAAACUCAGUGGUGUUACCAGAGUUCAUUGUCCAAGGAGUUCUAUGUGUAUUCUAUCUCAUUACAGGACACUGGUUCAUGGCACUCCUUUGCCUCCCUUAUCUCUACUACAACUUCCAACUCUACUCGAAGCGACAACACUUGGUAGAUGUCACAGAGAUAUUCAAUCUGCUUAAUUGGGAAAAGAAGAAACGGCUUUUCAAACUUGCUUACAUAAUCCUUAACCUCUUUCUCACUAUCUUCUGGAUGAUCUAUUCAGCGCUGGAUGAUCACGAUGACUGAUUGAUCCAUUAAUCUUCUUCGGUGUCUUUUUCCAUCUGAUUAACACCGCGCUUAAAGAGACAGCGCUGUGCUCGUGGACAUGAGUUAAAUGGAAAGAAACAAAGUGUUUGUUGUUGAUACCAGUUUGUAAGAUUAGUGUAUUUUUUUUUCUUUGUUUGUUUUACGAUCAAAAAGUAUUUUUUCUUUCUUUCUUAGAAACGUUUUUCAGACAUGAAGUCGGAAAAGUUCAAAGUUUUGUUGUCUCAUUAAACCAAAGU